AUGACCCGCUACGCGAUCGGGAAGAAGAUCGGAACAUGGAACUUCUGCUCAACGUGUGGUUGCCACAUUGCUUCAUCUGGGCCGCCUGAGAAUGAGUUCUGGACAGUUGCUUCAUCAAUAUUCGUCAACGCUUCAGACUUCUUUGAUGUCCGGAAGCACAUCUUCAGCCACUCGACAAAGGACAGGGGCAUCGCCGGGGCCCUGACACAUACUAGCGGAAAGGAGUUCAUGGACUGGAACCCUCCUGACGGUAGCCCCGAGGCAAAUAUAAUUGAAUCUCACAUGGAAGUUGGGGAUGACGGGGAGGAGCGUCUUCGUGUGGAAUGCGAGUGUAAAGGCAUCUCUUUCACUAUUCCCCGGCCGAGCCAAGAGAUCAAGGAGGACAAAUUCUAUUCGCAAUUCGUUUCGCAUAGAGAUGAUACCAAGUGGCUCGCGACUUUUGACGCAUGUGAUGAUUGUCGGCUUCACAAUGGGACUAACGUUGUGGGAUGGACAUUUAUCCCAUUAUCCAUAUGCGAACCCCGUAUCGAAGACGAUCUACUCAUUGGGAGCGCCAAGACGUUCAAAUCGUCGGACGAUGUGGUGAGAUCCUUCUGCGGUACUUGCGGUGCAACUAUUUUCUUCUCUCACGCAUGUCGAAGGCCGUCUGAGAACCAUCAUGUUGUCGACUUGGCUACGGGUAUCAUCCGAGCGCCCGAAGGUGUCAUGGCAGAGAAAUGGCUCACUUGGCGGGCAAGGUUGGCAUGGGCUGAUAGCGGAAAGAGAUUCGAUAGCGGCUUCACUGAAGCACUACAAGAAGGCAUGAACAAGUGGGUGUUGAAGAGAGAAGGUGUUAUUGAGGACUACAAUAUCGGUUGA